CUUUGCCGCUCUCCUCUCCUUUCCCCACUCUCUACACCACCUCUCUCUCUCUCUCUCUCUGUCCUAUUAAACCUCUCCCUUCUUCAACCUCUCUCUCACACCGUCUUCUUCUUCUCCUCCUCACUCUGUAUAUAGAUUGCAAUUCCACUGAAUGGGUUAUCUCUCUUGCAAUGCAGAUUCCGCCAUCGUCACUGGCGAUCCCCACAAUUGCAAAAAACCCGAGAAAACCAAACCCAACAAAAAACCCUUCAAAAUCACCCACUUCUCCUACUCUGACCUCGAAUCCGCCACCGACGCCUUCUCCCCCGACAACUUCCUCGGCAAAGGCAGCCACGGCUCCGUCUUCAAGGCCUCCCUCCGCAACCCCACCCUCCUCGCCGCCGUCAAAAAAACCACCUCCCCCACCGCCACCGUCGACAACGAGAUCGAAAUCCUCUCCCGCCUCCGUAGCCCCCGCCUCGUCAACCUCCUCGGACUCUCCUCCGACUCCCUCGGCCGGAACCUUAUUGUGUUCGAGUACAUGCCCAACGGGUCCUUGCACGAUCUCCUCCACGCGCGCCCCAAGCCCCUGCUCUGGUCCACCCGGGUCCGGUUCGCGUUACAAGUCGCCCGGGCGGUCCAGCACCUCCACUCGUCGAACCCGCCCGUUAUCCACCGCGACAUAAAGUCGUCCAACGUUUUAAUCGACGGGGAAAAUAACGCUCGGCUGGGGGACUUCGGCUUGGCUCUGAGGGGACACGUGGAGGACGUGAAGGUCAAGUGCACGCCGCCGGCGGGGACGAUGGGGUACUUGGACCCUGGCUAUCUUGCGCCGGGUGAUCUCAGCACCAAGUCCGACGUGUUCAGUUUCGGAAUCCUUCUGCUGGAGAUCUUAAGCGGGCGUAAGGCGAUUGACAUGAGGUACUCGCCGCCGUCUGUGGUGGACUGGGCGGCUCCGCUGAUCAGGGGCGGCGAGUACGAGUCUAUUUGCGAUCCGAGAAUCGGGCCGCCGGAGGAUGCGGUGGUGAUGCGGAGGUUGGCGGUGAUGGCUGCGAGGUGCGUCCGGUCGAAGGCUGAGAAGCGGCCGGAAAUGGCGGAAGUGGUGGAGUGCCUGAGGGGUGUGAACAAGAGAGUGUCGUCGCCGAUUUGGAAUAACCUAGGGCGGCGCGUGGGGAUGGGCGCGUGCAAUUCGUGGCAAUCGGUUAGAUACGAGCCAUUGGAUGAGAGUUAUACCACGGAGAUUGUGAAGACUACUUCGAGGGUUGGGAGUAGGAGGAAUAGGAAAGUAUCCAGUGUGCCGGGUGUAGAGACGUUACCAAGAGAAGUUGUUCGUGUGAGUGAUAAGGAUCAGGUGGGACGGUCAAGAUCUGUGGGGUCGGUUUGCGAGAUUAGAUUGGGACCGUUGGAUUCGAAUUUGGUCGGUAAUAGUAGUAGUAAUAGUGUUCAGUCAGGAGGAGUGGGGAGGAGGAGGGGGGGAUUGGCUGUGAAGGUGCCUACGGUAAGACUGAACAAGUCGAGAUCAAUGGGAGUGUUGCAAAGCUCAAAGUUGGUGAGCAACAAUGGGUUAUUGUUCGUGAAGAACCCCAAUGGAAAGGAAAAGGAGGAGUCAAAGUUGUUACAGUAAUAAAAUUUUGAAAAAAGAAUCCCAGAAUGAGAGAGUUGUACAAUUAUGUGUUGGAUUUGUUGUACUCUGCUGUUAAUGCAUUGAGAGAGAGAGAGAGAGAGAGAGAGAGAGAGAGAGAGAAAGAAAUUGAGAUUUUUUUAAUGAGAUGAUGUGUUAAGAGCGCUUUGAUUAA